AUGAAUCCGACCGACGAGUUCCGCCACGAGCGCCUCAAGCUCUACGGCAAUUUCAUGCGCCUCCUCCAGAUCCAAGGCGGCACGAAGAAGGACGUGAUCAGUCUGCGGAUCACCCAGUACGCCAUCCAUCGUCGCCCGCCUUACGCUGCCAUCUCAUAUACCUGGGGUCCCAACCCCCAUGCCAUCAACACGAGGCACCACCAACGCGGCGGUGGUGUUAAUGCCCCGGCGGUGAUGGAAACGUAUACGCGGCAGAUCCGCGUCAACGGGCGCCCGUUCCGGGUGCGGCUGAACCUGUGGAACCUGCUGUACCAUCUACGCCAGCGCGGGGAGUGGAGGUUCCUUUGGGUUGACGCCCUGUGCAUCGACCAGGAGAAUCUGGAGGAGCGGAACUUCCACGUCCAACGCAUGUCCGAGAUCUACGAGAAGGCUGUCCUGACCUUUGUGUGGCUGGGCCUGCCGUCAGAGGACAGGAGGCAGGCCAGGGCCCUCGAGUUCAUCCACGAGAUGGCCGUGUUUUGCCGGAAACAACAUCAUCAUAACCAUCACCAUCACCAUCAUCAAUAUCCGCCGGAAUCGUCCUCGGCUUUCCGGGCAAAAUACUUGGUCGAGGCAUACGCCCAGCGCUGGGCAAAUCUGCUCGAACUCUGCAAGGGCAACUAUUGGACACGCACCUGGAUCAUCCAGGAGUUUGUCAAAGCGAGCCGGGUCCAGGUCCUCUGUGGCACAGCCAGUCUCGAUUGGGUCGACUUUGAGGACAUCGUCCGCACUGUGCGUUCUAUCACCUUGCAGUCCACUGUAACGGCAAGCUCGCUCACGUCUUCGCCCCCCAUGCCGGCAUUCGUGCAACAGUUCGCACAAACGAUCCCCUUCCGCCUCACUUCGCGUCGCAUCUCACAUACGGCGUCGACGCUGGAAGAUUUGCUCUUGGAGUUCUACGACUCAAAAUGCGCGGAACGGCGCGACAAGGUCUACGGCAUUCUGGGCAUCGCAGACGACUGCGGCGAAGACCCCGACGCGGCGGGAUCCUAUCGCGGGCCGCAGCCCGAUUAUUCCAAGCACAUCCUCGAGGUCUACUUCGAGGUCUUCAGAUAUCUGAUGCAGCCGCCGCCGUCGUCGGUACCGUCCCCGCGGUCCCGGUCGCCCAUGCAGGCUAUCUUCCUGGCGCAGCGGGCUCUGGGCAUCACCCAGGCUGAUGUGGAGAGCUACAUGGCGCUCCAGGCCAUUCAGAAGCCCGGUACCGGCCAGGGCCAGGGCGUCAGCCUGCUGACUCGCAGACUCCGCGAUUUCACGUGCCCGCUGGUCCCGGACUAUGUGAACUUCAUCGACGAGGUCCUCCCCGGGUGGACCAGCAUCCGCGACCUGCGCCAGCGGCUCGAGCAGGUCGACUGGGCCAAGUACGUCGGGCACGAAGUGCGGAGGAAGUCGUCGAGGCCGCCGGCCGGCGGGACGCAGAAAAGCUCGGGCUCGGCAACGUCGAUCGCGACUACCGCGUCCUCGUCAUCGCUGACGACAGCAGGAAUAAGCACCACGACGGGAGCGGGCACGGGGACCGCGUACGUCCGUGCCCCUCUGCCCGCGGAUAUGAUUGAGAAUGUUCUUCAUACCGCAUCGCACAGCGACGAGAUUUCGCAUCUGUACAACUACUCACCACCAUCUUCUUCUCUGCCUUCCGCCGGCCCCUCUUCCGCAGCUGCUUCUUCUUCAUCUCUACCAUCGUCAAACACUACUGAUCCUGCUGCUGUUCCUGUAAACGGAUCCGUCGACGUCGCAACGCCCUCACCUCCUCCAACACCUCUCCCUAUCCCUAUUCCGAUACAACACAUGCUCCAGCACCCACACGACAAACGCCUGCACAACAACCCGUCGCUAAGCAAGCCGUGCGUGAUCAUCGAAUCCAACCCUGCACGGGGCGUUGCGCCCGCGCGCAUCGGCUUCGCCUGUACCGACGCCCGGCCGGGUGACCUGCUGUGCCAGUUCGCGGGGCUGGAUGUGGCGCUGAUCGCGCGGCGGCGAGGGUCCGGGCAUCAGCUUGCGCUCGUGGGCUUGGCCAAGAUGUGCACGCACCAGGGGCUGCGGGAGACGGGUGUGCAUCCCGCAGCGGCGGCGGCGGGCAAAGCGGGUAGUGGCGGCGACCAGGGGAGAUGGUCUGGCGUGGUCACGGUCACGGUCACGGCGGGUGUAUCAUUGCAGGAGGGGAAGCAUCAUGUGGUGUCGGUGGGCAACCCGGACGGUUGGGCGAUCAUGGUCGAUCCCAUUGGCCUCUGGGAGGUCUUAAGAUGUAGUUAG